AUGAGCGGAGAUGUCGAUUAUCCGCACGGAUGCUUGCCAGUUCUCAGCACAGGCAGUGUCUCGCAGCAAGUUGAACGAUUAAGAGUGCGUUUUAACACAAAUUUAGUUGAUUUCCAUUCAAAAAUAACGAAAAAUUCAAUGAAAGUGUGAAAUGUCAAAAAUCUUUCAGAAACUCUCCGGAUGCCUGUACGACUGCAAGCCGAACAACCACGAAGAAGUUCAGAAUGCGGAUCGCUUCCGAAGACUCUUUUACCAUUUGUCACAAAAGGAAUUCCUCGAUAAUCACAAUCCGGAGCUCCAAAUCAAUCUUUCUCUGUGUCUUGCCAACAUCAUCCGCGUAUUCCAGCCAGAAUGCCCAACGGCCAACGCUCUAGAGCUAAAAGUAAGAAUUUUUGCUUCGAAAAGUGUAAAAUUCACAUUUUUAGGAUGUCUACAUGUAUUUAUUCAACACUCUGGGCAAUCUCGGAGAGAUCUCAACGGACAGUCCGAAAUUCAAAAAUUAUUUCCAUUUGGUCGAGGUUUGUAGCUUAAAAAGUGAUAAAAAGAACUGAUUUCGUUCAGGCAAUCGAAAAAAUUCUCCAUCCACUGUCAGAAAUGAAGGAUCACGACGACAAAGAGGCGAUUCCAGUGUUCCGAAGCCUCAUCCGAACAAUUCUGAAGGUGAUGUGCGGCAGAGCGUGGAAAAAGGACCAUCGAGAGAGAAUGAAGCGGAAAAGUUCGGAGGGGGAGCCGACGGAGACUGAAGAAGACGAGGAAGACGAGGAUUCGGUGGAGAAGAUCCGAAAGGCGCUCAUUUCGAUGGGAACGACUGCGAUUUCCGAACUGGACAUUGUGCCGAACGAGAUUCUCGACGUCCUCUUCCAUCAUAUUAUUCCUCCGCAAAGGGUUAGUACCGUUUUGAGGUGUCUUUAGUAAAAACUGAAGGGCAGGAAAAAAGUGAACAAAAUUCUUGGUUUUUAAGCUUUUUGUUAAUAGAAACUAGACAAAGGCCCAAUUUUCAGACUCACUUUGCGGAAGCCCGUCUCCUGGCCCAGGACAUCAUCCGUUCGUGCAUGGAAAGCGGCAACAACCAACUGGCGCACGCGAUCCGCAAUACGAUCACGGCGGCAUGCAAAGAGGGCCAACUCCCGGACGAAUUCACGCUCACGGGCACCGAAUCGCGCUCGAAGUACUUUUCCGUGCUCCGCUGGCUCCACCACAUCUCCUACGAACUCGUCUCCGACGCCAUCGAAGAGCUCUACUACUGGCUGCAAUCGGAACGGCCCGACUACCGAAAAGAGGCGGUCACGAUUGUGGGGCAGAUCACGCAGGACCGCACGUGCAAGUUCGGCGAUCAACAGUAUUCGGGCGCGAACGAGGCCACGUGGCAGGCGUUUCUCAGCUCGGCGAACGACGUAGAUCCCGAUGUUCGGAAGGAAUUUGUGAGGCAGACCGGCGAGGUGCUCAGAUCGCAUCACAACUCGUUGCGCACCCAACUCAUCAAGAACCUUUCGCGAUUGUCGAAAGAUAUAAACGACGAAAUUCGGAUCGAGGUGGUCUCGACGGUGACGGACGUGGCCAAAGAUCGUCUCGAGGUGUUCAACGACACGAUUUUCGAAGCGUGCGCCGAGCGUAUGUGGGACAAGAAGCCGCAAGUGCGGAACAAUGCGAUCAAACGGAUGAUGGACUUGUAUUACCAUCUGAUGACGCAGACGGUCGGAGGGAAAGGAGUGACCGAGUACACGGAAACUGACAAGGACGCCGUCCGAUUCAUCCCCAAAAAGGUGUUCAACGUGCUCCGGCUCUUCCAGAGAACACCCGCCUACCAGGAAUCGCGGAUAUUGAUCGAGAGAUACUUCCAACUCAACUUUGUGCCCUAUCAGAAGACCCCCGAAGUCAGAGUUCGCAUGAUGGCCGACAUAUUCAGAAGAUUGGACGACGUCGGCGUCGCCAUGUUCACCGACGUCAUCAAUCGAUCGUCGCAGUUGAGAAGGGCGAUGAUCGGACUGAUCAGUCAGAUCAGUCAGUCGGACAAGGUCACGGAAGCGGUCGAGGAGCGGAUCCACCGGAUCGCACAGAUCUUUCCGGAUCCGGCGAUCCUCGAAAAGGUCAUAAAAAUCUUUGCCAAUGACAUUUCGAUGCACGAGGAGGCGUUCAAUAUGGCAAAGAAACUGGUGGCCGAUAAGUACACAAGCGAAGAGAUUCUCGCGGCUACGGUAGGGAAGAUGUUACAAACGAUUCUCGAAAAUGACAAUAUUUGCAGAGAUUCGUGCACAAGAGAUCAUGCGAAAACUACAAAUUAAGCGAUAAGGCGGUCACCUCAUUCCGCCAUUUCAUUGCCCGCAUCACGCCGAUCUCUUUCGACGUGGCCACCGCCGAAGAGCUCAUCGCACUCGUCGCCAAGACCGUUCAGGGCAAAAUUGUAAAGCAGAAAGCCGCCGAGGAGCACUUUGAGAGGGAUUUGCUCCUUUUGAAGGUACUUUUUCGCGGAAUUUUGAAAAUGUUCGAGCUAAAAACUGAUAUUCAGACGUUCACCGAGCACUUCACCCAUCUGUUCACCAGCGAGCAAAUUGUCGAAAAAAUCCGCUCGAGCAUGCUGAACACGGACGAGCCGAAAGCGGUCGAAGCGGCGCUCAACUAUCUGUCCAAAAUCAUCAGCAACACGGCGUUCCGCCAGAAAAUCGAAGCGGAAGGAACGAAAAAAGAGAUUUGGUUCCUGGCGAUCAGCAAAAAUCUCAAAGAUCUGAUCAUCCGAAGCGAGCCGGCGUACCGUCGCAGCUGCAAACUGACGACCCGGCUCGUCGCGAGUCUGCUGGGAAAAGAGAAGGCCGUCGAGCACUUUGACACCAUUUUGCAGGUAAAAAACAAGAAAAUACCAUAAAAACCGAUCGUUUCCCUUUUCAGACCCUAAUUGACCGCCUGCAACUGGAAUCGGAGGGCGCCGCGAACGCAUUUCAGGUGCUCGGAGAGAUAUUCCGAACGGACGUGCACCACUUCAUCGCCGAUAUUCUGCCGAUCGUCGAAUCGGACCGCAUCGGAUCGACGAUCCUCGCCUCGAACAUUGGUCACGACGAGGAUCCGAUCGAGUUCAACGAGUUGGUGCCGCUGGAGAAACAGCCGUGGCCCGCCUACGCUCUUGUCAAGGUUCAAUUUUUGUGCGAAUUCAGAAAAUUUUCAGUUUUGUCUAGGUGUACGCGGCGAAAUUCGCGACGAAAGUGAUGAUGGCGAUCACAUCGUUCGCGAGCGGAAGCGACGAGAAGCGACGGUUGGAAUCGGCCUCCCAGCAGCUGAUCGACGUCCUCAGCGACGUUAUUCAGAAAAAGGGCGACUUUGGAGGAAGACAAUGGUAUUCCGCCCGUUUUCCCCUUUGAAAUCAAUCCCAUUUGCCUUGCAGUGAAGUCGAAAAAGCGCGUCUGCGUGCGUCGGCGGCCGCGUGUCUCCUCAAACUCUCCGCGAUCGUCUCGUGCCGUCUCAAAAUGGACACCCGACUAUUCAAGAACAUGGCCUACAUGAUCACGGACGAAGCCUACUGCGUCCGUCUGCAUUACGCGUUCCACGUCAAGAAAGGAUGCGGAAGGAAGUGAGUAACAUGAAUCGGAGCAAAUUUCGAUGAUCAUUUUUGCAGACUUCCCAUCGAAUUCGCCGCUUGCUACGGACUCAUCAACCUGGGAUUGAACGACGAGGACGGAGAGAACAAACUCGACGGGUUCGUGCUCAAUUUUAGGGUUCUGGAUAGAUUUUACAUUAGAAUUCGACAAAAGCCCUGAUAAUUUGUCGAAACCGGCAAUUUUGCUUGGACAAUAGUAAUGCUCAACUGAUCCCCAUAAAGUUGCAGCUUCAAAUCAAUCUGUCUGAACCAAGCUCGACUCGCAUUCGCCGAACGUCGCGAAUCUCGCGCGAUCGAACUGAAACUGGAAGGCGCCGCCCGUGCCGCGUUCUGCGCGGAAACGGUCGUCGCCUACGUCGUCUGGCUUCUCGCGAACUACGAUCGAUUGGAACGCGUCGAGGAGAACGUCGAGGCGGACGAUUCGGAGAAGGAGAUCGAGACGAAAGUGGCGAACCUGAACCAGCUGUUCCAGCUGCAGGAGUGUCUCUGGCAAGUGAUCGAUGCGCUGAAACUGGCGAAGUGCGACAUGCAAAAAGUGUGGAAAGUGCUCGAAAAGCUCAAAACGUGUGGGGACAAACCGAUGAAGUUUGAGCGGCUUAGCGCUAAGGACAUGCUCGAGCACAAUAAGGUAAUAUUGAAAUGAAAUGAUUAUGACACGCCCCUUUGUUUCUUUUUCCAGAAGCUGUGGGCUCUCUCGGACCUCGGUAUCACCAUGAUGCUCUACCGCGCAAAGCUCCAAAUGCAGGACCAGGACGCGAAAGAGGCCGGCUACAACCUCAUGUUCUUCUAUUUGUGCUCCUACCGUGAUAAGGCCGAUCCGUCGAACGUCUACGCGCCGGAUUAUCUGAUCGAGGAAGAGAAGCGGCGGAACGGACGCAUCCCGCCUCCGAAAUACGCGAUCAAAGCGGAAGACGUGCUCGCAAAACUCGCUCCGUCCCAGAAUGAAACGAACUCGACGACGUCUUCGACAAACGCCAAAAAUACGUCGAAGAACACUUCUGGAACGACGAAGAAACGAGGGGGAGGAGGAGCGAAAAAGGCGGGAAAAGGAAAGAGAAAGAGUGGAGGGAAAGCGGAGAGCAGUGAGGACGAGCUGGAGGAGGAGCCGCAACAGAAGACGUCGCCGAAGAAGCCACGUGGCAAACGAGCCGUCUACGAUCUGCCGGAGAGCGAAGAGGACGAAGAAGAGCAGGAAGUAAUUCCGCUGCCGAAACGACGGGGAGCUCCGGCCCCGACCCCCUCGACGUCUUCGAAUGGAACUUCUGCGGCGAAGAAGAAUGGAACAACGACGUCGCCGAAGAAAACGCGUCGGAAGGACGAUGAAGAGGAGGAAGACACGCUCGGAAAUCUGGAGUUGUCGCCCAUCAUGGCAGAAUCGGCUACUGGAAGGGUACGCUGAGAAAAAAACAAUUAUUUUCCCAGUUGUUUUGCUGCGUUUUCACGUCGAUUAUCACUAAAAACAUCAAAAAACGAGAAUUGUUUCUAAUUCCUACUGCAAAUGUUGUGUUUCAGAGCCGUCGAAGCGCCCGCAACGUCACUCUGACCGCCUCGACUCCGCUGAUCGCUCCGAAACCGAAAGUAGGAAAGAGAAAGAGAGAGGAGCCGGUGGAAGAGGAAGAGGAAGAAGAAGAGAAAGUCGAGGAGCCGAAAAGAAGGGCUUCUGGAAGAAAAGCGGCUCCGUCCCCGGCCAAAAAGAAGUCGGUAGAAUCGCCGAAAAAGAAACAGCAGCAGAAAAAGACGAACAAGUACGGAUUGCCGCUGGAAGAAGAGGAGGAAGAGGUAAACGAUUUCCAGAGGAAAAUUAUAAAUUUACAAUGUUUUCAGACUCCUCCAACACCGAAAACGCGCACUUCCGCUCGACUCUCCAAAAAAUAA